AUGGAGGGCAGAAGUCUUGCACCCACUCACUUUCACUGUCACACCUACAAGCAUUCCCAGACCAGAGAGGACAUAGAUGAGGAGUGCAUGCUCAUCUUAGUAGUGACACUUGCCUUAGAUUUUGUUAAUGUUGAGGUCAUUUUUUACAAAAGGUUCUCAGAUAUAUCCUCUAGGAAUAAUGGAAAAUGUGUAAAAACACUGAAAGGACACAGUAAUUAUGUGUUCUGUUGCAACUUCAAUCCCCAGUCAAAUCUCAUUGUUUCAGGCUCUUUUGAUGAGAGUGUACGAAUAUGGGAUGUCAAGACAGGCAAAUGUCUGAAAACCCUACCUGCACAUUCUGAUCCAGUCAGUGCUGUUAACUUCAAUCGGGAUGGAACCCUAAUAGUGUCCAGCAGCUAUGACGGUUUAUGUCGAAUUUGGGACACCACCUCUGGCCAGUGUCUAAAAACUCUAAUAGAUGAUGACAAUCCUCCAGUAUCCUUUGUGAAAUUCUCUCCUAAUGGCAAAUAUAUUCUUGCUGCUACUCUUGACAACACCCUAAAGUUAUGGGAUUACAGUAAAGGAAAAUGCUUGAAAACUUACACUGGCCAUAAAAAUGAGAAAUAUUGUAUCUUUGCAAAUUUCUCAGUGACUGGAGGAAAGGUGAGUGCUACAGUGUUAGUGACUGGAGGAAAGUGGAUUGUUUCUGGUUCAGAAGACAACUAUAUCUAUAUAUGGAACCUGCAAACCAAAGAAAUUGUGCAGAAGCUUGAAGGUCAUUCAGUGAGCAGCCAAGUCCACCCUGCUGCUAUCCUCCAACCACCUGGCCAAGGCGACGCGGUCGGCUACGGGCGAAUCUUCUGGCAGCUGCCCCUUCGCCGGUGUCGCCGCCUCCAGCAGCAGACCCCGGCCGCCACCCCGCCGGCCGCCGCCCCCAGCUGCCCGUAUGCCGCCCCCCACCACCCAGCCGCCCUCACGGCGCCCCCCCCCCCCCGCGGCACUCUUCAGCUGGCCCUCGCCACUGGCCAGCAGUCUCUCCCAGUCGCGGACGCUCCUCCACGUAACUUCUGCCGGCCCCUCCAGUUUCCUGCUGUUACCUGGAGCCCUCCCACUGGCCUCGUCCCGCCUCCAUCUACAGCUCUUCAUUGGGGAUUACCUACGGUCCAUCGCCCAGGAUUAACACUGUCAUCCGUGGAUUACUUACAGUGCGGUGCCAAGGAUAACGUACAGUUCGUUCAGUGGUGAGUACAGUGCCAAGGAUAACGUACAGUUCGUUCAGUGGUGAGUGAAGUGACAUUGCCCCAAUUCGGCAUCUCUCACCGCUGUGGCACCCGGUCACACCGGCGCCUCACGCCUUCACUCCUCACCGCUGUGGCUCCCGGACUUUCCGGCGCCUGUAGUGUACUUUACACAGUCACGUGGUGGUCCACUCAGCACAAUGCCUGAUGACGUCGACUCCGUAGCCUUCAGUGAUCCUCCGUUCAUCAGCCAGGACCCUUCCACGUGGUUCUCCAUCCUGGAAUGUAACUUCAAGGCUUCCAAGAUAACAGUAAGUCUAACCAAGUUCGUGAAGGCCUCUACAGUACUACCAGCUGACGUUCAUUUCACAAGUUGCUGAUAUCGUCAGUGCUGCCAGCACUUCUGCUUCGCCCUAUGAAGACCUCAAAGCUGCUGUUCUGCAACGCCUACAAUCUACAGUGUCGGGGCGCCUCCAGGAGCUUCUGUCAAAAGAAGAAUUUGGUGGUGAAAAGCCCACAGACCUUCUUCGCCGCAUGAAGAAGCUGCUUGGCAACAAGUACACCUCCUUCGACAAGGAACUCUUCUUACAGCUGUUCUACCAACGCCUGCCUCCUGACACUCAACGCUGCCUCUUCACUGUCAAGAACAAGCUCUCAGUAGACGAGCUUGCCACUCUCGCCGAUGAAUUCAUGGCUACCCUUCCACAAGGUCAACCAGCUGCAGUAGCCUCCAUCU